AUGAUCCUCCACAAGAUCGACCGAAAGCCUUCAACUUUGUUUUGGAAGAUCUCGGUCUUGGUCGCAACCAGGGUCUCCCGUGCUUCCAGGAUGUUUGCAGAUACAACAAUCGCAUCAAGCACUACGACCAGGUUGCCUUUUUUGGGUCAAUUGCAGCGCUUUGCUUCAUCUUCUGCUGUUUUAGGUGCUCAGCAAGGGUUGAUCUUGGUGCAAACGGCAAUUCUUUGA